GACGGCCCUUAAAUAGAUCUAUCGGAGCAGGAAAACUGAACUCAUUUUAUCUUCCCAACACAUCAAGUUCAACAUACAAGUCUUUGUGCGAGAUUGAGAGGAACCCAAACUGAAAUCGAAUAUCCAAGAUGGCAUCCGAGAACCCAACCUACUACAACAACAACCGUACCGGCGCUCCAGUGCAAGCUGGCUACGAGAAUCCCGCCACAACCGAUUCUUCCCUCAAUGCUGCCACCAACCCGAACGCGGCCAAAUAUCAACCCCCGACGGCGGGAGCGGAGACGAGCGCUGCAACUACCGCCACCGCAGGGGAGAGCCGUUUCGAUCCCACAACCCCAGCCGAAGGAACCACCAGCGGGCACGGCAUUCCGCCAUCUUCUGCAGCCGCUCCCGCCGCCGGCACCAACACGACGACCAGCGAUACCGCGGCCGGCCGUCGCCAGAGCCGAGGGUUCACAGACACUGUAAAGGGUGCGAUGGCUCAGGGUCAUGGCCUCGGCGAAGCGGCUCGCGGCAGCUUCAACGCCAAGGUGGACGAAUUGAUGGGCGACGAGACGGGAAGGCAAAAGGACCAGGCCGUCGUCGCAGGGGGGAAACGGGAGUUUACCAACAAGGAGUUUGAGAGGAAGGGCUGGGAUAAGGCGCUCUGAAGUCGGAUCAAGCGAAAAACGAACGAUCCUCACAAGAGUGUCCCCGGGCGUUUGUAACGACAUGUCGUGAAAAUAGAAUGAUGAUAUACCAAUGAACUGUAUGCAAUACAGACUUUGUCUGCGAGACAA